AUGGACAACUCGCCAACCGCGCUGUUCGACUCGUACGAGCAGGACUUCCAGCAGAUCAUCGCGAGUAUCAGGGACAAGCUCGAGGGCGAUGGCAAGGACCAGCGGGGAGAACAGCGCAAGGCCGCGCUGAGGCGGGUCGAAAUGGAGCUGGACGAGGCGGACGAGAUGGUCUCGCAAAUGGAAAUCGAAAUCCAGGGCAUCCCGCAGUCCAUCAAGCCCCAGUACCAGACGCGCAUCCGCACCGCCAAGGCAGAGCUCACGCGGUACAAGAAGCUCUCGAAGGACCUGCACGCGCAGGUCUCCCGCUCGGACCUGCUCGCGCGCGCGGGCUCGCCGACAUCCGACGAGCCGUACGGGCCCUCGAGCGAUAGGACGAGGCUGCUGGCUGGCACAGCGCUGUUGGAGGACGGCAGCAGGAGGCUCGCGGAGAGUCAGCGGAUUGCGCUCGAGACGGAGGAGCAGGGUGCGGAUAUUCUGAGGAAUUUGAGGGGCCAGAGGGAGCAGAUCGAACAUGCGAGGGAUACGCUUCGAACGGCGGACACAUCUAUUGACCGUGCAUCCGGUACGCUCAAGAAGAUGAUUCGACGGAUGUACCAGCAGCGUGUUGUCACAGGCGCAAUCAUUGUCGUCCUCAUCCUUCUCAUUCUCAUUAUACUGUGGGCAAAGUUCUUCCGCUAG